CCUCAGAACCACCCUUGGCAUCAGAGUUAGUUACCUUCCUGUGUCUGGUGUUGGAACAGUCGAAAUCGUCAAAUCGCACGGUGGUACAAGGCGCAAACAGUCAAAAAAUCGAGGACUGAUCUUUCUUCAUCAUCACUCCAUCCUCGCCCAGGUCCAACGUCCACAUCAUCCUACACAAUCCUCACCUCAUGGUGUAAAUCCGCUUCACCCUUCCUACACCAGAUGAAUAAUUAUAACCAUAACCACCUCUACGGACGGACGCCUUCGCCCUGGGCGGCCUUGUUCAAGAGCUACUGGAGGACUCGGAGGCAUUUUCUUGUUACUAGUAUCUAUAUCUUGUUCCAGCUACGCUCAUGAUCUGGUCACUGUUCCUAAUGAUGUCCUACAUCAUCUCAUCAGUUGACCCUGAGUUCACAUUAGAGAAGACGAUCCUUCAAGAAGCACAGGAUCUGUCGAUAUCAACAGUUGAAAGGAACCCAACACGAUAUAGGCCCAUCAUUCUCAGUCCUCUACCUCAGCAAGCGGACAUUCACCAAUGGCCCCCGAAUAUUCACAGUCCCCUCUGCAUGCCAAAGAUCUUCGUCUACCCUGAUGACCCUAAAAUGGGCGACUUUCACGUAUCGGACACUCCCUCUGACGGCACUAAUUAUAACGCCGAUCAGAUUCUGCUUGAUCAGCUUCGGGACAAGACCUCUUCAAUAUUCAAGAACUACGUUACUGAGGACCCAGAAGAGGCCGAUUUCUUCUAUAUUCCUUUUUUGGGGGCCAAAUAUCUCUCCCACUGCUGGUUUUCCCUGGGCAACAAGGGCGACUGUGACGUGGACAAGAAGUACGCAGAGCCAAUGAUGAAUCACAUCCAACAUGAUUACCCGUACUGGAGGCGUUCCUCGGGCAAGGACCACAUCAUGACCCACCCCAUGGAUAGAGCUUCUCUCUACUACAAUUCCAGGGAGCGCAUGCAUAAUGCCACCUUCUUGACAACCGUCGGAGACAAGAGAGUCCUGUUCUCAGUUGAGGGACGGUCCAGACGAUACGGCGACAUUGUUAUCCCCGCUGCCAAACUGCCAGCCAAUUCGGCAAAGAUCAACCCAACGGAUUAUCUUAGAGCGGAUGGUCAGCCCACGGAAGGAGAACGUGACAUCUUUGUGCUCUUUGGUGGACAGUACCAGGACGUCAAGCCCGAAGAUGAUUACUCUGAAGGACUUCAUUCGAUCUUGUUCAAUGGUCUUGAUCAUCAACCAGACUACAAGAUCGCGGGCGGCUGGGGUGUGGAAGAGUACUCAGGAUUGCUGGCGAGGGCGAAGUAUGGGUUUGCACCCCGUGGUUGGGCCGUUGACACGACGCGCAUCUGGGAAUAUAUUGCUUUUGGUGUUGUUCCUGUUGUGAUAGCUGAUGGCAUCAUUGAACCAUUUGAGGACGAUCUGGACUGGGACAGCUUCAUUGUUCGGAUCCAUCGCAAUGACGCGCACAGGAUGGAUGUGAUCUUGCGGUCCAUCUCCAAGGAGGAGUAUGAGCGUAAGCGGCAGGCGGUUUGGAAUCACGGUCGUCAGGCGCUGCUGGACCACAAUGCUUGGGAUCUGAUUGUACGGGGAUUGUGCAGGAAGGGUCGUCUGGAAGGCAAGCGGACCAUCAACCACGAUCACCAUGAGAAAUUGGAACCUGAUUUCCGUAUUUGAAUCGCGACGAAAGCAAGAGGCCUUUGCAAAUAAUAAUAAAAAUAGAAAUUUCAGGC